AGGAGCUAAGAGCCGAGGAGGCAGCAGGUGAAUCAUUUACAGAUCUCUACUUUUUACCGUCCCACCUGUUCAACAGUAAAUAAACUGAAACAUACUGGGAGCGGAAAUGUUCCCUUGUAUAUGACCGGCUCCGCUUUCCAAAUAGAAAUAAUAAUAUUAUCUCAGAGUGGACGAAAAGACGAAACCACGCCGCCGGAGCCUGGACUUAGCAGGUCAGUUGUUACAGGAGGAACCUCAGAGUGGGAGCCAUGUUGUCGGCGGAGGAGAUUCUGUGCAACACGCAGCAGGUGAUCGCCGGGCUGGAGGCGCUGAAAGGAGAGAACCGUGGCCUGCUUGAGAACCUGCAGGAGGCUAUUGAGAGCCUGCCAGUGCCUGAGAGUGGCAGCGUGGAGCAGGAGAAGAGUGACAUCAUCCGCCAAUCACUGGAGAGGAUAGAGCUGGGGCUGAGCGAGGCGCAGGUGAUGAUGGCGUUGUCAGCUCACCUGGGUUCACUGGAGGCGGAAAAACAGAAGCUGCGCGCUCAGGUGCGUCGUCUCUGUCAGGAGAACCAGUGGCUGAGGGACGAGCUGGCAGGUGCUCAGCAGCGGCUGCAGGACAGGGAGCAGGAGGUGGUCACCCUGGAGGAGCAGAAUAGACACUUGCAAUUCAUGUCCUCCAUACGCAAAUACGACCUGGAGGAGCCGCAGCUGGAUGACAAAGACACGUCUUCCACCAAGGAGUCUCUGGAUGACCUCUUUCCCACUGAGGACGAAGAACAGUCUCAGAUGUCCCAGCCUCACCACAGCAGUGCAGCAGCUGCAGCCCAGCAGGGCGGCUACGAGAUUCCUGCCCGCCUUCGAACACUGCACAACCUGGUCAUCCAGUAUGCAUCCCAGGGACGGUACGAAGUCGCUGUGCCACUUUGCAAACAGGCUUUGGAAGACCUGGAGAAGUCCUCAGGCCACACCCACCCAGAUGUUGCCACCAUGCUGAAUAUACUGGCGCUGGUGUACAGAGACCAGAACAAAUACAAAGAAGCAGCUAAUCUGCUAAACGACGCAUUGGCAAUAAGAGAGAAAACUCUUGGAAUGGACCACCCGGCUGUGGCAGCAACGCUCAACAACCUGGCAGUGCUUUAUGGGAAAAGAGGAAAAUACAAGGAAGCAGAGCCGCUGUGUAAGAGAGCUCUGGAGAUCAGAGAAAAAGUUCUUGGUAUAGACCACCCGGAUGUUGCCAAGCAGCUGAACAACCUGGCUCUACUGUGUCAGAAUCAGGGGAAGUACCAGGAGGUGGAGCAGUAUUAUGAACGUGCUCUGCACAUCUACCAGAGCAAACUGGGACCAGACGAUGCCAAUGUGGCCAAGACAAAGAACAACCUGGCAUCAUGCUAUCUUAAGCAGGGGAAAUACAGACAAGCUGAGGCUCUUUACAAAGAGAUCCUGACCAGAGCACAUGAAAAGGAGUUUGGAUCUGUAGAAGGCGAUGGUCGUCCCAGUUGGUCCGGUGCUGAGGACGGUUGCUCCGGACAGGACGGACUCAGUAACCUGAAGCGCAGCGGCUCCUUCACCAAACUCAGAGAGUCGAUACGCAGAAGCAGUGAGAAACUGGUCCGCAAGCUGAGAGGAGUUGGAAUGGAGGAAGCAACCCCGAGGAAUGCUGGGAUGAAGAGGGCAAACUCUCUGAAUGUGCUGAAUGUUGGAGCCAGAGAGAGUCAGGACGGCACCCAGUCGAGCCGUUUGACAAAUGUCCGAGGCCUGAGCUCCAGCACGCAGAGCCUGACAAGACGAGGUUCACUCGGUGGUACCAGCUAACACACACACACACACACACACACACACACACUUCCAUACAGUACCACUCAACAGAUAACAGAUGUUGGCACAUUUAUCGCUCAUAUCAGAUGUCUGACACCAAAGUGGAUUCCCCACUUUCAGUCCCCUGAAGAAAAAAAUGGAGAUAGCUGUCACAACUGAAGACGAUGACGACAAAAGUCAAACAAAUUUCUUAAUCAUGACUAAUUUAAAAAACUAAUGUCAAACCAAUGUUUUCUUUGCCACCGAGGAAAUUUUACAGUACAAUAUAACAUGUUUGUCUCUGGUAAUGACAAAUGUGUCCAAAAAGUGUGGUCACAUUUCGACUCCACCUUCACAUAUCAGCAUUGCACUAAAACCUUUUCUUCCUGUUCACUUGAAGUUCAAUAUCAUUCCUUCCUGGUUUUGGAUUAGACACAAACUCAGCUUCCUGAUCUCAAGUUACCUAUAACCUUCAAAAUUAAAGAAAAAACAUAAUUUAGACCACCAACAUUUCACUGUAAGAAAAAGUUUUAUGGAAGUUUUACAUUUCUGUAUUUAAACCUGACCAUGUCAUUUGCAGGUUAACAAACAUUAACAAUAAUACAAUUAAUUUUACAUUGGACAUAUUAGGUGUUUCCUUUUAGGUACAUUUGUUAACGUCACUGAAAAACCUAUUAACUUUAUUUAUGUUUUUAAUCUUAGGCAUGUUGACAUAACAGAUUAUCUUUUAUAAAUCCUCUUGAGAAGCACAGGGAUGUGAAGUUGUUUGCACAAUGAUCAAAACGUGAUGUGUUUGUCAAAAAGUACAUGUUACAUUUGUUUUACGGGGGAGAAGUUAAGCUAUGAAGUUUAAAAUGUUGAAGAAGUUAUUUAAAUGUGUUUUGCCUUUACAAUGUGCAGGUCAUUCCAAUUAUAUUGUUAAAGCUAAUGAAAAAACACAAAUGUUUACUUCAGCUGUUUUGCGCCACAGUCCAGUUUUGUCAUUCCAUAUUUUGAGAGUAAGGACCAACUUUUUUAAUUUAAAAAAAAGAAGAAGAAAAAAAACACCAGCUGUUCAAAAUUAACACACGUAUGUAUAUAUUUUUAAAGAUGGCUCUCCUAAAAGAUGGAUAUUUUUGCACAUUGUGAGUUAUUAUGUUUUCAAUCAAUCAAACUCUCAAACUGAAAAUCAAUCGACACUUCAAUUUUAAUGGUACACACUUCAAAAUUCAGCAGUUAUGUGUUUGUUGUGAGCUUUUAAUAGUCAGUUCAGAAAAUAGAUAUAAGCUAUCUGGAUACCCAAAGUUACUGCUGUGUGCCUGAGUCAGUGUUGAUGACUCCCAACUGGCCUUGGAAUAAAGUAGAACGGAUGGUUUGGAUUUUUUCAGUGGGGUUGUAUAAGGUAUUUAUCCAUAGUCAGUGUGUUACCUAUAGCAGAUGGCGGUCUGCACGCCCCUAAUUUCGAGAAGAAGGCAGGAGUACCGACACAGAUGCUAAGCAAUGUACUGCUUUUCAAUAUCAGUUUAAGUGUACACUAUAUUUAGGUACUAAGGCAAUUAUAUUCAUCUGUGCUCUCUUCACAGCCAUCAGAUUCCUUUGACAAAAACAGUCAUUUUAUGUUAAAGAAAACAGGAGCCACUAGCCUACCACUGCCUCAAUCAGUUACUUUGUGUUAUUGUGUGACUUUGGUAUUUUCAAGGGUUAGUUUGGAUUCACCAAAGUCACACAAUAACACUAACUAAGUGAGUCUGGUGGCUUUGAAGAGAGUGAUAUACAGCUUCAGUUCCCUGUCAGAAAGUGUUGUCUGAUGGAUAGGUAAAGUGGUGAAAAUAUUCUAAAUAUAGCGUAUCCCCACUGUAUUAUUUAAUUUAAUUCAGCUAAAAAUACAGAGGCUCACCUUACUAUUAAACUUGUAUGUAGUGCACAUCACAUGCCACCAGAGGUCAGUCUCUACUGGUAGGACUUUCUACUAUAGGACUUUCAACAACAGCCCAGCAAUUACAGAGAGACCACAGGAAAAACAUCUAACUCCAUGAAAUAAGGGUUUAUUUUGACCAAACCAGAGUUGUGCUGCACACAAAUACUGGCAAAACAUGAAUUCAUAAAGUGUAUGGUUGAAUUUCUCUGUUAUGUUUAAGAAUAUACCUUUCUUGACAUUUUGUGAAUUUAUAUUGUUUAUUAGGCUGAAAAAGCUGAGAGAGCUUGUGAAAUGUAGUGACCUCACUGGUUGGGGAAUGGGGCUGGGGGUAGGUUGUGCCAAGGGCUUUCUACUAGAAUGGGAAUUCUUGGUUAUGGGUAAAGAAAAGUCUUGGUUUGGGCUUGCUGGGACAAUACCUUCCAGGAACACUUAUCCCAUGUGCUCAUACAACCCCACCUCAAAAAAUACCAACUAUCCCUUAAAGUGACUCACUUGAACUAAGACAGAGCUGUUCCAUUUACUCAAAGCUAGUCUUUUCGCACCCCACGGUCGUAUCAAAGACGAAGUGGAAGACUAUGUUAUUUGACAGAUGUUACAGCAUGACUGGAUACAAAAAGGCAAAUUUGUGUCUGUGUAGGUUCAAAACGUUUUAGCAAACAAGCUUAGACAAGCCAAAUAGACACAAUCUGCCCCAAGACAAAAGCAGACAUACAAAGGUUGGUGGGUUACCUGUGAAGACAGUCAAAACACCCAUAAGCUAAAGUGCAAACCAGAUAUACAAGGGGUAAAUGUUUCGUUUCUAUCUGCCCCAUACUGGUAAACGUAGCUUACUGUAGCAUGACUGAACAAUUUAGAGGCACAGAUAGCUUCUCAAAUAUGUAUAUAUCAUCUAUGCUUAUUCACUGAAAUGCCUGAAAUCCAUAACUUACUGCAACUCACUAUAAUGAAGAGUAAGCUAGCUUUUAAUAAGUCAUGCUGAUUUCCUUGUGCUCUUUUUAUGUGUUACAAGAAUUACUUGAACUUGUUGCUGAGAACUUGGGAUUUAGUGGCAUGACUGUAACAUUGCGUGAACAAAUCAUACAUGGGUUCUUCCUUUUUAUGUUGACCAUCGAAUUCAUUUUACAUACUCAAUUAAUCCUCAGGAAUGUUUAAAGUGAGAUACGGACGCUAAAAACUGAGUGCUGCUGGUAAAUCUUGGCUCCCUGAAAAUGAUGUUACCAACUGACCCUCUUGAAUUUUAUUCCAUAAAACUCCUCUUUAAGCUAACUUACUUUUUCCUGUUGCUCAUUCAAACAAACAUACUGUACAUUUUUUUCCAUGAUGGAGAACUACUGAUUGUACAUCUUCUGUGGUAGAUGUCACUACUGUGUGAUGUAAGGGCUGAAAAUGUUAGUUACUGUAGAAACUACAGUCUGUUAAUGAACUUUGGAAAAAUGUUACAUUUAAAAUGAAAAAAAAAAAAAUGUAGAAAAUGGACUUUACAUAUAUAUGUAUCUCCUGAUGCUGUGUUUAUUCUGAUAAAUAUGAACAUUUGUGUUUUUUAUUUGCAAACUUGAGAUGAAAUAAAUUACAAUGAGAU